AGCAAACCUCACAUAUUCGUAUUCGCUGCCUAGGAACUAAGAAAAGCAGACACACACGUACGUACACACGCACGUCUGGCAUCAGGCAUAUUAUUAUUAUUGUUAUUCUGUCGUAGUUGGUUUCACAGUUUUGUGGGCUCUUGGGGAUCCGAAAGCCGACACGACAUCAAUCUUCCCCUUUUUCAGAAUUCAGGUCGUGAUCUUCUAUUUUUUUCCUCUCUUUCGAAAAUCAAAAACCAGCAGCACGAAAAGAAACAGGAUGCUUCACAAGUACGAGAAGAUAGAUGAGGCGAUGAGUGCUUGUGUGGCGCUCGAAUACCCCCUCGUCGUACUCGUACACGGUAAACUCCCCAGCAACUUGAACACCGCCGAAGAAGCCACACGCAGCGGUAGUGGCCGCGGCGGAGCCCCCACCUACUCCUUCCUUCCCCCCUCCUACACCGCCGGCAGCAGCAGCCUCUUCACCGACGACACCGUGCCCUUUGAGUCGACCCUCGCAGCUCCAAAUGAAGAGACGGCGAGCACCAAUGCGGCUCUCGGCUACUUGAUGCGGCCGGCCAACCUUUCCGCGGCGGCGACGGCGGAUCUGGCGGUGGUGGCGAAGGCCGUGUCGGACGGCGAGGAACUGACGCUCGUGCGCGACUUCCCGCUUGGUAGUGUGCAGAGCGGCGCGGCGCAGCGCGAGGCGUUGUUGAUUGCGCUGCUGGAGAGCCGUCUCGGCUCGGUCACUCUCCUUCACUUAAUUGAGCAAGGCACGCCUGCCUACGACUCCUUCUCUGCUGCCGUGUCUGUCUCGCACGCACCCGGUGGGGUGCAAAGUAGUGAGGUGCUGCCACGCGUGCACAUCUUCUACGCACCCCCCAUCGGGCUUUCGCCGAUGGUGUUGCAUGGCACUGCCCUCACGCCGCAGAACCUGUACAACUGCGUGCAGAUGGGUCUGCUGCGUCCACGCAACCGCACCAUGGGCGAGGGCGGGGCUCCGGCGGCCACUUCUGCCAGUACCGCCGCGAGCACUCUCCGCUCUUUUUUUACUACCUCCGUCGCCACCAUGAACGCGGAGUGCGAGCGCCAUCGGCAGGGCUCCUCGGCUGCGCUGCGACCCAACAGCAGCAGCAGCGGCAACGCGUCCUCGAACGCCACGGCGGCGGAUGACGCGGCGGCAAAGAAGCCCAUCCUGUCGACGCCUGCGGUGCGUGCCACAGGCGUGAGUCGUGCCGAUGCCCUCGCCGCGGCGCACCUCAUCUCUGUAGCGGGUCUGCCGACCUCUUUCUCCACUGGUCCGGUUCCAGGCACCAACAGCAGCAGCACUAGCAACAGCGGCGGCGGCACCAUCACACCGGGCAGCCACAAAACGAUCCUGACGACGCCUUCCAUGACAAUGCAGACGGUGUGGCGGGCGGUGGAGAAGCACUUGGAUUGGGCGCAGCACGAGGCCCAGCAGGCGCAGGCGGCGAUGGUAUGGAACGGCGUGACGCCGCCGAAGCCGGGCGCAAAGUUCACCCUGACGGUGGCCGAGAGCGGCACCGGCGCAGGCGAAGAAAAGGCGGCGGCGGCGGUGGUGGUGAAGACGCUGGCGGAGGCAGAGCGGGUGCGACUGCAGGAUUUUCCGCGUAAUACGGUGGUAACGGUGGCGUUUGAAGGCUGGCCGCCGGUGGACAGUCCCGCGCCUGCCGCAUCCGUGCCGCCGCCGCAGCAGCAGCAGCCCACACCCGCCCUGUCCUCGCCCUCCGAUUACGUGUGUGAAGGGGACGUCUGCCGCCGCCGCCUUCCCGGCGAGACGGCUGAGAAGUCGUCGUCCGCGGCAGCUGUCUCAGCCCCGGCACUUGAAGAGCGAGCUCCAGGUGUUACCGCGUCUGCGCCGCCUGCAUCCGCCUCGCCGUCCUCUCCAGCGUCCGCGUCCGCGUCGACUCCCAGCUCCUCGCCAGCCGUUGUUGCUACCAUCAAGCUGCACUGCUCUCUACCGAACGGCAAGACCCUCGACGUCGACCAGCUAGACCCCGCCAUGGAUACCCUUCAAGCAAGCGUGCGGCCCGUCGUGGAGGAGGCUCUUGGCUACGAAAACUUCAUCUUCGUGUGCGCCUACCCGCCCAAGCGCUACAGCGCGGAGGUGGAUGAGCCGCGUCUGCUGAAGGACAUCGGCCUCGCGCGAUCGAGCGCGCUGCGGGUAGUUUCGCUUGACGGGCCGGGCUCGCCCAACGCCGCCAACGCCUCAGGGCAGCAGCAGCAUCAGCAGCGACAAGCCGGAGCGACACGGCAAAUGCUGUCCAAUGCGGCCUCCUCCUUACUCGGUAUGCUGGCGGGACGUCGUGCGAACUCAAACGCCAACCCCCAGCCCACGGCCGGCAGCGGCGGCAGCGGCCGCGACGGCAACGCGUCGUCGAGUGCUUCGAAGGAGCCGCGCCGCGCCUACAACUCCAUGGCGGAGAUGUUGGCUGCGAAUGAGGCGGCGGAGCAGGAGAUGGCGAUGCAGCGCCUUCGGCAAGAGCAAGAGCAGCAGCAGCAGCAGAGGCCGUUUAUGGGACAAGACCCCGCCGACGCGGCACAGCAACAACGCGCGCAAGGCAAAAAGUCCAACCGCUACUUCGGUGGCGGCUCGACAGAGUACAUCGCCGAGGGCGACAGCGGUGCCAACCAGAAAGAUGGACGCGGCAGUGACGACGACAACAACCCACACAGUGCCAUGGAGGGCCUCACGCAGGAGCAGCAAGCGGCAUUUUUGCGUGCACAGCUGCAGCGAGUGAUGCGACAGCAGAGAAGUCGUGUGGGCGAGGGGGAGUGGGGAGCGGAUAAAGAGGUGGAGGAAGAGAUGGGAGAUGGUAGUCAGCGCGGCGGCAGUGAGCAACUUCGUGCAUUCCAAGGACAGGGGCGGCGUCUUGCCGGCGAUGGGCUGCCUUCUAAUGCGAACUCUCCAUCCGGUUCCGCUGACGCUCAGAGUUCCCAGCCGUCAUCGCCGCCGGACGCGUCCGCCGCGAAGAAGAAUCAGUGA